UUUUUUUCGAGUGCCUCUCGUUCCUCCUUCUCUACACCGUACCCCACGCCCGUGCUCCUGGAACUGGCUGCUGGAGAUUCACUACGCUCUCGGCGAAAGAGUACCAGCAACAGCAGUGAGAGCAGAAGCAGAAGAAUCGCGCAACGGCGACACAGCGCUUCCUGUUGGGGCGAAUCUUGUCGGUGAUUUUAGCUCUGUUUUCUGUCUCGGACUGUUGCUUAGUUUCGCCGCCACACUGCCGUGCAAGCAUUGCCUGCUGUCGCGAGAGCAGCCAUGCGGCGUGCCAGAGCUGUCGACGAGGAAGCCAGAGCGAGGGAUGCAGGGCUACAGCAGCAGGAGGAAGGAGCGCAGCACUCGUCCCACCCAGGUCGCACCGGUCCUUUGUCCUCCGGGGUAAAGCUGGCCGCAGUGAUGCUCUGGGUGUGGGGCCUGUACAUUUCGUUCAUCGUCGUGCGGCAGGGACACCUCGAUGGAUCCACUACCGCCCCUGUAGUAAAUGUGGGAGAGGCACCUGCGGAUACUCGGCGGCGGCAUGGCGGCGCUGGGGGUAUGGGAGCCAGCCGGCCAACUUUUCGAGAGCUGAACAUGAUAGGGUUCGAGAAAGACAGCGGGGAGGGCGAGGAGUGGAGGACUUGCCGGGCGUACGAGGAGGCAGAGCUGGCUCAACAUAAGAACAAAAAUCAACUGGGUUAUGACGAGUUCCUCAAACGGGUCCCCCCGAAUCCACAAGCCAAGUGGGAGCUGGAGAUGACGGAAAACCAGGACGCAGAGUGGCUAGGGCUCCACAACUUCGAUAGCAGGUUUAAGUACGGCUCGAAGAAGGCAGACGAGCGAGUCAAGAAGCUGGGCUACUGCCGAGUGCACAUGCCGUCCGUCCCCCGCACGGGCAGCACGUGGUUCAGGGCAAUGUUCGAGACGGCCACCUCGCAGCCCUCGUUCUCCAUGUGGCAAGAGGGAGGGACUUUCAAGGAAAACUACCGAGCUUUUUCUUCGGAUGACCCCUGCGGUGCUAGCUUGGACCACAUGGAGGGUCGCCUGCAAUCAAUGAAGAAGUUUGCCUGCAGGGAUCUCAGGCCGCCGAACGCGACGUCUCCCAUCUUGUACAAGAGCCACACUCCCUUCUUCCCGUCGUACAACAAGCCCAGCCUCAUGCCCGAGGAGACGUGCAUGCUCGUCCUUCUCGUGAGAAACCCGAUCGACAACCACGACGCCUGGCAGAGGUAUAUGUACCACAAGUCUAUCGUUGUGAGGGAGUACUUGCCGCUGUGGCAGGGGCACCUGUCCCAUUGGGUGGCGGCGGCCGGCGACAUCCCCAUUUACGUAUUCCGGUAUGAGGACAUGCUGCUCAGGGCCGAAGAAGUUCUCAGGAGAAUACUUCACGCUUUACCCGGUGGGUGGAAUUGGUCCGAGGACUCGAUUGCCAAGGCGAUGAGGCAAGUUGUUCGGCCCCAAGAGAGCUUUCGAGGACAAGUGCGGGGCCGGCGUCAGGCUGAUGAGCCUUGCAGAGGUGGAGAUGGUGCGCCUGCACUAUGGUGCCUUCAUGCGCCACUUGGGAUACCGUUUCAUUAAGAAAUGAUGAACGUGGGGCUUCGGCAAAAACGAUGGGCCUCUUCUCUUUUUCACGACACUCCCGAAAGGAAACAAAGCAAGUCGCCGCCAACAAAAACUUCUGGUGUGUAGGAAUUUCGGUAGAGUUGUUUCGUGGGAGACCGACACGGGGUAAAACAGUUGCUUUUCCUUGUGCUAUGAUAGAAACGUUCAAGCCUGCCGUGAUUGUCGGGCGAAAAUGUUACACGAAAAAAAAAUUCUAUCCUGCUGUGCACGACGAGUUAUGCAUUGUUGCCCAGCUUAUCGAAGGUACCCGCCAGCAAAGCUGGAACCUUCUUGAGCCGCCCGAAAAUGGGCGAAGGAGCCUAGGCCUCCGUGUCCACAGCCGAACGAAUUUCACGGCGAUCUCGGGCGAGGACAUGUUCACUUUUAGAGCUUGUUGUACCCUUGCAUGGGUUUUGUUUCACGUGGGCCGGGGUGAUUUUAUGGGCGUAUGCAGUGGUGAUGGCGGUGUGACCGAUUUCUCGCGAUCGCAUGCAUCGUAUCUUGUCUUAUGGUUUUGCUGGAAACUAGAUCCUAGAUUUAGUCGUUUUUUUGACGUGCCGAUACGGUAUUCAGUUGUCUAUUCUGGAGCUGAUCCUUAUAAUUUGUGAGAUUGGUUACACUUUUAGUCUAGUUUGUCAGUUGGUAUACAAAUUUAGUUGUGAGAUAGUCUACAAUUUUUGGGUAAGAAUGUGGUUCUCUACGACAGGGACUUCAUUCCGAUGAAAGCCCACAACCACGGCAAGAUUGACCAAGAGUUAAAGACAAGAGUUGUCCCCCAUUAUUGUGGUGUCGAAGCGCCGCACGAGUUUAAGGAUGCGGACGAAAGACCGUUCCCGCCACAGCACGUGCUAUUUGUGUUUCAGGCGCACGCUUCGCGGGUACACACUGUAUUCGAUAUGGCGCAUCCGACAUCAUUGAUGUCUGUAGUGAAGGACUACCGUAAGUGUCUGUAUGUC